UCCCAAAGCGACAUCCUCCCUAACGAUACAGGUCUCCUCUCUUGGGCUUCGUGAAACGGCGUCGCUUAAGGCCGUUCCCAAUCUUUCUGCAGACCUAAAAUUCAGAGUCUUGAAUGUAUGAAGACUUCAGCGUAAAAUCGAAUACACGCAUCCACACCACAUGGCUCUGUGGUCGUCACCGUCAAAUUCGUCGCCUAAGGGGAUAGUGAUAACGGUGCCGGCGCUGGUUCUGACGGCGUCAGUGGCCGCAGUGUUCUUCUUCUUUCUUUUGUACUCUCUCUCGUCGCCUUGCAGUUGCGGCGGCCGCGUCGCCGGUGGGGCUGCUAGUGCUAGUAUUGCGCGAGUCGGCGAUGUCGGUGGACCGAGUGUCGGCGUGGCGGAGGGCGGAGGAGGAGGAAAGACGAUAUGGUCGUCGAAGGAGGAUGUGGAGUGGGUGAAGGAUCAGAUCCGAGUGAAUGGGUUGCAUAUGCAGGACAACGUGUUGAGGAAGGGAAUUAACCCUCGCACCAGAGCUCAGCAGCUUCAAGAUCUCUUGGAGUUCAAGGGUAUAUCUCAUUAUGAAGGACCUAAUUCGGAAAAGCAUACUGCUCUCCCAUGCCCUGGUGAGCUCCUAACUGAGGAGCACCACAGUAACUAUGGCGAGCCUUGGGCGGGCGGGCGAGAUGUUUUUGAGUUCCUUGCCCAGUCCUCUCAUCUGAAGCCCGACUCAGUUGUCCUUGAAAUUGGCUGUGGUACCCUCCGAGUCGGUUUGCAUUUCAUUCGCUAUCUUAAUCCCGGACACUUCCACUGUCUUGAAAGAGAUGAGCUCUCACUAAUGGCUGCCUUUAGAUACGAGCUUCCUUCCCAAGGUCUUCUGCACAAGCGCCCUUUGAUUGUGAAGGGCGACAACAUGGACUUCAGCAGAUUUGGUUCAGAUGUUGUUUAUGACUUGAUCUAUGCUAGUGCUGUGUUUCUUCAUAUGCCUGGUAAGCUUGUGUGGGUUGGAUUAGAGAGAUUGACAAAUAAACUGAAACCCUAUGACGGGCGAAUCUUCGUGUCCCAUAAUAUCAAAUUCUGUUCGCGGUUGGGAGGAGACGAAUGUACAAAGCGGCUUACAAAUUUAGGCCUGGAGUAUGUCCGAAAGCAUACACAUGACAGCUUGCUAUUUAACCACUACGAAAUCUGGUUCGAGUUUAGGAGGACGAAGGCUUAAAGUUGCAGAAUUUAUUCUUUUUUCAGUGCCUUUCGUCCUAAUUUAGAUACGGGAUGUGGCCGGCAGAUCGAUUGUGAAGGAGGCUGAGGUCUGCUUUGUAUUUUUGAAUAGGAAAAGUGUAACUUGUAAGAUUUUGAUAACACUUUCUUUGAAUUUAUAUAAGCCAUUCAUUCUUUCUUCA